AUGCAGGCAUAUAACAAAUGCAAACAAUUUGUGAUCAUUCUGAUGAUAUAUGCUGUACUUUUGAUAACUGGUCUAGGCACAUAUGUAGUAAAUAAAACCGAUUCACAAGUACAACAGCAUGAUUCUACUGUUAAAAUAGAAACAAUCAAAAGUGAUCUUGAUGAAUUUGCUGAUGGUCAACUUUCAUUCUUAGUGGAUUUUAUAAACGUGGUUUCGACUACACCAACCACGGACGGUUUACCGCUAAAAAGAAUAGUGAAACGGAGCGUAUCAGCACCUCAUGUGCCUCAAUACAUGCUGGAUUUAUACGAAUAUCUAUCGGAUAAAAAAGUUCUCGUAAAAUUUGACACCGCAAGGAGUUUUCCGAGUUCAAGAAACGAAGAGUUUUCGUCGCAUUCUUUAGAGGACACCAACCUGGUUGGAAGUGAAGCCUUCCAAAGGUAUCCUGUGCUAUUCAACAUCUCCAAUUUCCCUGAAAAGGAAAAUGUCCAGUUUGCACAACUCAGAAUCAAACUGAUACCUCAACUGAAAUCCGACAGUUCCAGAGCUCUCUUGUUUACAGCCGACGUUACAGAGGUAUUUCGGAAGGCACAGACUUCUGACUUACAAAACAGUUUGAUGUUUGAAGUGAGAACACCAAAAAAUAUUGACGGACUUAUGGACUCAUCUACAAACAACGACCCUCAGCUAUUAGUUUUAUCGAAAUCUAUCCUUGAUUCUCAUGAAGAUUCCAUUUUGAAAAGAAUGCGCAGAUCUUUGGAAGAAUCAUCCAGAAUGAAAACGCCAUUUCUUCGAACUACAAAAAAUGCUCACCAUUUUACUCCAUACGAUUUAUCACCACAUCAAUACAAGAAGAUGAAUAAUAAAACAGCAGGUGAAGACACACAUUUAGCUCGCAACAGACGAAGUGAAGAUGAAGAUGAAGAGACGGAAGAGCAGAGCAAUUACAUUGUGGAGGAACUAGGAAGAGUAAGGAAAGGGAAGCUGAAGAAAAGAAAAAAUCCGUGCCGACGAAAACCUCUGCAGGUCAACUUUGCUGACAUUAAGUAUGAUCAGUGGAUCAUUGCUCCUCCUAGCUAUCAAGCUUUCGAAUGCACUGGCAAAUGUUCGUUCCCAAUGAGUGCCCACUUGACGCCAACGAAGCACGCCAUCAUCCAGACUCUGAUGCACAGUCUGGAGCCGAAGCAAAUAUCCAGGGCAUGUUGCGUCCCCACCAAACUCACCUCCAUAUCUGUGCUCUAUGUGGACGACGACGGAGUAGUCACCUACAAGUAUGAUUACGACGACAUGGUCGUGGCAGAAUGUGGAUGCAGAUGACACUA